CCAGAGUCAGGGAGGUACUCGGUGCGGCGUCUGCCUGGUUGCUCUGGAGCUGGGUCGCGUGUUCGCCCGCUUGCCUACCUGCCUGUUUGCCCGCCUCCUGCCAUGGGGAGCACCGAGAGCAGCGAGGGCCGCAGGGUGUCCUUCGGAAUGGACGAGGAGGAGCGGGUCCGGGUGCUGCAGGGCAUCCGGCUGUCUGAGAAUGUGGUCCAACGCAUGAAGGAUUCCAGAGCUCCUGCAGAAGGCCAGCAGCCAGCCCCUCCACCUGCUGCUCUGGACUGUGGCUCCACAGCUCCUCAGAAAGAACCCAAACUGCCCAGGUCCGAGACCAGUGGUAACCGGCAGCCCUUGGGAGUGAAGGAGGACCUGAAGAGGUUUAGACAGGAGCAGGCCAUAGUCCAGGAUGAGCUGUUCCAGGUGGUGAAGCGGGAAAGAGAGGCAGCUGCCAAGCACUUGACAGCGGCCCCGCCUGCGGUGGAGGGCAGCACUGACCAGGAAAAGCAGCAGUCAGCUCGGCUGGUGAGGGGAAAUACCCAACAGAAGGAGAGCAGCUCUCUCAAGUUUGUGAUGGCUCCUCAGGUAGAGGCCAGGGAGCUGGAGAACAGAGAGGCAGAGCUCCGCCGCAGAGACACCUUCUACCAGGAGCAGCUGGGGCACAUUGAGAGGAAGAACGCAGAGAUGUAUAAACUGUCCUCACAGCAAUUCCACGAGGCAGCUUCGAAAGCUGAGAACUCAAUCAAACCCCGAAGGGUGAAGCCCGUAUGCUCAGGGCUGCAGGCCCAGAUCCUUCGCUGCUACCGUGACCAUGCACAAGAGGUGCUGCUGUGCUCGGACCUGGUCAAGGCCUACCAGCGCUGUGUGAGCACCGCCCACAAGGGCUGAGGAACAGCCACUACACCUGGCCCUGGGCACCAGCUUGCAGCUCUGACCAAGGGACCAGCCAUGGGAUCACAGGCUCAGACCCUGGGCCACGCCACUGUGCCCUGCCCCUUCCCAAGGGCACCUCAUAUCCUCUGAGCUUGGCUGCCAUGUACUUAGGAAACAACAUGCUGCUGUCUGAAAACAAAUAAAGCAGAUGCCUUUGUUUUC